GGUGCGAGCGGAGCGCCGCUCUGUUCUGCGCUCCCGCCCUCCCGCCGGCUCCCAGCCUUACACCGCAGCUGCUGCUUCCGUUGCGACGCAGUGUGGGCGGCACUCGCUGCGCCCGGGGAGCGCUCAUUUUUAAAAUUUGAUGAUGUCAAUAAGUUUUUUUUCCCGCAAAACAGUAAUCGGAGAUCAGCACUUACGGAACCGCUAGUUUUUCUCAUAAGGCUGGACGGGCGGGCGGUUCGCGGCGGCACCGGAUCGAAAGGCGACUCUCGCCGGUCAGCGCUUGCACUUUUCGCCGAGGCUGCAAACGAGUUCUGCAUUUGAAAUACGAGCACGGAAUGGCAAUGAGCUGCCUUCCCUGCCCGCGGCUGCAGAUGUCAAAGCUGGCGGACUCGGUGUCUUCUGAAAGCGGCGGCUUUGUGGCAUUUUUGUGGAAUCUCAUUUGACAGAAAGCGGAGGUGGAGAACUCGCCCCCCAAAGCCCGCGGUCCCGAGACAAGUCCGAGUCCGCUGCCCGCCGCAGCCUUUCCUCACACUGGAGCAGCAGUUGCAAAAUGGGCGGGAAAACGGCGAAAUAUUCAAAUAUUGUAUCUGUGCCGGGGUUACAGUAACUGAUUCAACUGGUAUCUGCGCUGAUGUUAUUUCGCAAUAUUUCACAACUGUGGAGGUGAAAUACUAGAUUUUCCACACGGCGACUGGCAAGGUUAAUCGCAUUUUGAUAUUUUAUUAACGUCUCUGAAAUAACAUAGGACGAAUUACUGGAAAAUGUUAACUUUGAGAUAGCUGCCUAUCCUUGUGCUGGCAUCACGUGUAUUAUAUUGAUGAGAAAAAGGGGGCGGAUCGGGCAACGUCAUUACAAGGGAUCGCACAUCAAUUACUGGAAGGUUAGUAAAUAGUAUUCACGGAGCGGGGCCGGAUUCCUCGUCUCACCAUACCUGCUGGCGUUGGAGCCUUUGGGAUUUCGACUUUUUGCAGUGUGAAGAAUGGAAACAACUGAUGGGUCAGUCGGUGACAAAUUAACCAGCGCCGCAGCCAAGGGAGACUCGAAAGAAGUUAAUAGUUUGCUGGAAAACGGGGUGCAAGCAGACGCGAUCAAUAAGUUUGGCAGAACUGCUCUCCAGGUCAUGCAGAUGGGCCAUUCUAUAAUAGCCAAAUCGUUGCUAAAAGCAGGAGCUAAACCAAACCAACAAGAUCAUGGGGGAUUCACACCAGCUCAUGAUGCGGCCAGGGAAGGCUUUCUGGACACUUUGAAAACCUUGGUGGACUUUGGAGCUAAUGUUAAUAUUGAAAAUUCUGAGGGCAAUCUACCCAUCCAUCUUGCUGCACAAGAAGGUCACACCGACGUGGUUACAUUUUUGGCAAAGGAAUCAAACCUCACAUUUAAAAACGAAAAUGGACAGACUCCAUAUGAGCUAGCCCAGAUAUACAAGAGGACAGAGACUAUGCAAUGGAUGGAACAAAAUUUAUAGGAAAAACAAAAUAAGCAAGAGCAACCUUGUCAUAUUUAUUUUAUUUGUUGGCCACCACAGACAUGAGUUCACUAAUUUUCAUUAUUUGAAAUUCCAUUCUUUUAAUACUUGUGGAGAGAGGAUGUUGUUGCAUUCAUGCCUUUUUUAAAUGAUUCCAUGUCAUCAUGCUAAAUUUUAUUUGUUGUAAAUCAGUAUUAAUAUAGAAUCAGGUAAACUUUGUUGAUGUUGUCUUUAAUUAUAUGAUAAAGUUUAUUAAUGUCAAGGUUUAACAUGGCUAGUGUAGCUUUUGACUUAAAACAAUCAAGCUAAUGGGGAAUAAUUUAUGAUGGUUGCAGUAGGCAGAUUAUGCAAAUGUCCUCUGCCUUCCUUCAGCUGUUGAAGGUUGGUCUCUUCGGAACAUCGUGGUUUUCAUAUUUUCAUAAAUGAUCACGUUUCUACAUUGUUUUAAACGCUGAACACUUUGUGUUUGUUUCAUUUAUGUAGCUUUAAUAUUCAUUGGAUGGCCAUUGAAGUAUUGCUUGAUAUCAUGAGUGAAUGCAGAGAAAUGUAGUUGUUAAACAUUAUUUAAUGUACUUAUUUUUGUUUAAUAAAAAUUAAAUUAUAAGCUUUCUAUUUACUCAAUGUAAAUAUUGAAUUGCUUUCAUGGCCUUGAAUUGUAUCAAGUAUUGUCUUCAUAAGUUAUAAAAGAUUAAACUGCUCUUUCGUUCCAAUAAAUACUUGUGAGUGUAAAGGUUAUGUAUUUUUAAUGUUGUGAAUGGAGUACCAUUACCUGAAUUAAUUUAUUUAAUUACUGUGACAGAUAACAUAAAGCAUUCAAAUUUAAUGAGUCCUUGCUUCCUCUACAAAUCCAUAUGUAGCGGGACAUCCAUGCAAUAAAAUGAUUUAUAAAAGUUCUGAGUAAGUUAGUAGAGGUUGUCUUUGAAAAGGAUUUACGUAUGGAAUUAAAAAAAAUUGAUUGACUUUUGGUAA